AUGGCUCGUGUCUCCGCCUCCUUGGCUCCACAGUCCCACCCAACCCGUGCCCGGUCCGGGGCCACCAGUCGGACCGGCCAGGCUCUGGAGGACGCCUCGGAAGCCAUGGAGGUCCUGGUCCUGGACGGAUAUCAAGCGCAGAAGGAGGACGAGCUGAGUCUGGCGCCUGGAGACGUGGUCCGGCAGGUGCGCAAGGGGCCCGCACGCGGCUGGCUGCGGGGAGAGCUGAGGGGCAGCUGUGGCCUCUUCCCCAAGCGCAUGGUGCAGGUGAUUCCAGAGGCCCUGCGGGCCACCGAGGAGCCGCGGAGACCGCGCUAUGCGCGCCGCCGAGGUCACCCCGCCAAAUCUCCGGGUCCCCAAAGAUGGUGCAAAGUGAACUUCAACUACAAUCCGGAGCAGGCGGACGAGCUGAAGCUGCAAGCUGGGGAGAUUGUGGAAGUGAUAAAGGAGAUUGAGGACGGCUGGUGGCUGGGGAAGAAGAACGGGCAGCUGGGAGCCUUCCCAUCCAACUUUGUGGAGUUGCUGGACAGUGGGCCCCCAAGCCUUGGUAACCCAGACAUGCCUUCAACCAGCCCUGGUCCCCAGCAGCAUCCUAAGCUGAGCAGCCUGACUUAUGACAGACCUCCAGACUACCUGACGACAGUCUCCUGCCCUGAGACCUGCAGGGUCCUGUUUGACUACCAACCUGAGGCCCCAGAUGAGUUGGCGCUGCGGAGAGGAGAUGUGGUGAAAAUUCUGAGGAAGACCACAGAGGACAAGGGCUGGUGGGAAGGAGAGUGUCAAGGCAGAAGAGGAGUUUUUCCAGACAACUUUGUGCUGCCACCACCUCCAAUCAAGAAGCUGGUCCCACGGAAAAUGAUAUCUCGGGAAUCAGCUCCCAUUAAGGAACACAAAAAAACGGUGCCCAAAACAUCCCUCCCCACUGUCAAGAAGCUGGUGACAGCUGCCUCUGGGCCCAACAAAGCCAAGGUACCUCGGACACCCAACGGGGAUGGUCCAAAGCGCCCCUCUCGAGACUCAGGCACCAAUGGCAGCUUCCUCAGUGGGGGUCUGGGACAACCUGGCAGAAAGCGAUCCAGAGCCCAGGCUCCCUGGCAACGCUCUGCAUCCAGUCAGGUGAGAGGGCAUUCUGGGCAGAGGCUGGUUCCCAGAGGUGUGGUGUGCAAGGGGAACCAGAAGGGACCCACUCUUCAAGGUAUCGAGCCUUCAAUUGAGGCCUUGCCCCCAUCACCACAGGAGAAGGAGCAGAGCAGCCUCGCAAAGGCUCUUUCUACAAAUAAAGCCUCUACUGUGGAAAAGACUGCCACCUCAGUGAAGACUCCACUUCCAGAUAAGGCCCCCAGCCCAGAGAAGAUCCCACCUCCUGACAAAGUUUCCAACCCAGAGAAGACUCCAGCUCUGGACAAGGCCUCAACUUCAGAGAGGGUCUUUUCUGUGGAUGAGGCCCCCACCCUAGCAACACCACCUAAGGUUGAAGCCCUUGACCCAAAGUUGGUCCCUUCAGGAGAUAAAGCCCCCACCCUAGAAAAGGUCUUGGCCCCAGAGCAGGUUCUUUCUGAAGACAUCUCCCCCAGAGACAACACUCAAUGCCAGCAAUUCUCUCUGGAUGAAACCCUGCAAAGGGCCAAGUCCCAAGAGAAGGUAGCCAUGCUGGAGGAGCCCUCACUGGUGCCUAACUCCUCAGAGUGCUGCAUAUUCACAAGCAAACAGGGGGACAGCUCCCCACUUGAGUCUGAGUCGAAGGCAGAGCUGAGGUCCUUGCCUGCCCUGGAGAAGGCCAGAUCCCAGACAGACACCACCACCUUCCUGGAGGAGGCACAUGUGAAAGAUGAGACCACCCCAAAAGAUGAGGCACAUCCCAAAGAACAACUGCCCUCCAAAGAGGUGGCUUCCAAAAAGCAGGUAUUCCUAGAAAAGGAGGUAGCUGCCAAAGAGCAGGUGCCCCUGAAAGCGGAAGCCCUCACUCCCCAAACCCCACACUCUAUGGAACCAACUUCAGACCCCCAAGAGACUCCCACUCUUCAUUCCCUGGCCCGGCAAAUCUUGGAAAGCCAGAAUGACGGAGUGGACGUAAUGCAACUGAAGGAAGAGGUGGCGUCUCUAAGGAGCGAGCUAGAGCUGUUGGAGCUGCAGCUGAAGCAGAAGAUGAGUGACAUCUGGGAGGAGCUGAAGAGGGAGAGGGAGAAGCGCCAGUCGCUGGAGGUGGGUAGGGUGCGGACCCAGGUGGGAGGGCAGUGGCUGGGGGCCCGGCCCUGACACCUUCUUCCCGAAUAGGCUCU